AUGACAUUGCAACAGAGGAACAUCGGACAAGAUGCAAGUAAGCCGCCUGAAAAUCGGCUAGUCAGAGCGCUCGCUAACCCGGAGAUCGAUAAGAGACAGUCGUUCUGCCCGGGACCAGCACCAAGUGCUGGUCAUGGAAUGUCGAGCAGAUUGAUGGGAUCAAGCGAACAAGUCAUUCGAGAGCAUUUUGCAGCAAAAAGCGCUACAGAAGGACUGUAA